UAAGGGUGGGCCGGGCAGUGCGGAGUGACAUCAGUGAUGGGCCCUGAGUGACAUGUGAACGGCCUUUUGUCACACAUAUAAGCUCAGCCUUCUAUUGUUAUCCCCACGCUGCCGCCUGUCCCGGGAUCUGCACACCUCCAGCCACCAUGGAUGACAUCUACAAGGCAGCGGUUGAACAACUGACAGAAGAACAGAAAAAUGAAUUCAAAGCGGCUUUUGACAUUUUCGUGCAGGAUGCCGAGGACGGCUGCAUCAGUACGAAGGAGCUGGGGAAAGUCAUGAGGAUGCUGGGCCAGAACCCCACCCCCGAGGAGCUGCAGGAGAUGAUCGAUGAGGUGGAUGAGGAUGGCAGCGGCACGGUAGAUUUCGAUGAGUUCUUGGUGAUGAUGGUGCGAUGUAUGAAGGACGACAGCAAAGGGAGGUCGGAGGAAGAAUUAUCCGAUCUCUUCCGGAUGUUUGACAAGAAUGCGGAUGGAUACAUCGACCUUGAGGAGUUGAAGACAAUGUUGGAAGCCACGGGGGAGAGGAUCACUGAAGAUGACAUUGAGGAACUGAUGAGAGAUGGAGACAAGAAUAAUGACGGCAAAAUCGAUUACGAUGAAUUCUUGGAGUUCAUGAAGGGAGUGGAAUAGAUAAAAGAAAAAAAUUGCCCGGAUUCC